ACAUCAGUUAAUGCCGUGUUCACGAGCGAGUUGAGGACCUGCGCGCUGGCCUCGCAGGCCAACCUCGAUUUUGAUACUGGCGGACACAGUUGGACAGUUGGGAUUAAUCGAUGGGUUUUUUUUAAGUGACACUCGGCGAGCGAGUGACGUCAUUGUUGGCUGUUGUGUAGGGAUUGAUGGGCGGUGGUUGCAAUACUGCCAGACUGCCAGUGGACGUGACCCGCAGCAUAACGAGAUGGCAUCAGCAGAAGACAUUCAAGUGAAAGAACUGGACAAGAGAGCCUCUGGUCAGGCUUUUGAAGUUCUUCUGGGGACAACUGGCCCCGAUGCAAAGGGCGACUUCCCUCUCCCCACCCCGAAGAAGAAGGAUGUGUCGUUGGAGGAGAUUCAGAGGAAACUGGAUGCAGCUGAGGAGAGACGCAAGAGUCACGAGGCUGAGGUGCUGAAGCAUUUGGCAGAGAAGCGUGAGCACCAGAAGGAGGUCCUCCAGAAAGCCAUGGAGGAGAACAACAACUUCAGCAAGAUGGCAGAGGAGAAGCUCAAUCAGAAGAUGGAAGCAAACCAAGAGAAUCGCUCAGCACUGAUGGCAGCAAUGAACGAAAAGUUCAAGGAGAAGGAUAAGAAACUGGAAGAGGUCCGGAAGAACAAGGAAGCCAAAGAAACUACAGAAGACUGAAAGUCGAAAACUUUUUUUUUUAAUCCAAAGAUUUAUAUUUUUGUUGUUGUGUACUAAUGACUACUAUGAUUAUUUUUUUUUUCUAUUUCCCAUUUAACAUGUAGCAUGCUGGUACAGCUUCUGCUCUCUUUCUAUUCGUACAAGCUCUUUUUAUAACACCUCUAAUUUUUCCCACUCUUUUUCUGGAUGCAUGUCUGUGCAUUGGACAAUUUGUUCCCAUAGUAUUAUUUGUCGUACUCGCAAUACUCUGUCAUUGACAUAGUGCCGUUUAGCAGCUGUUCUUGUGAACUUGGUGCCCACACCACAUUUUUUCGGAAGCACAAACUUCAACAAUUGUACUAAAACAAAUAAAGGACGUCAAAAGUG